CCAGUAAGCACCUCAGCCGGCUGGGAGGCUGCACACAGCAGCUCUCAGCCUGGGAUGGCAUCCUGUUGUCGGGCAUCAUCAACGCACUCGGACCACUCUGGACAUGGAUCCACCAUCACUGCACACAGACACAGACAAUGAGGUCCAUCUGAAGGUGUUGGACGGGGCCGAUGUGAAGAGGAUGCCACGACGCCCCCCUGUGGGAGCUGCAGUGCAACUGUCCCGCCCCCGUCACACACUUCUCCUCCUGGAUGAUGGAAGGAGAGCCCUUCACCUCUGCUUUCUCCUCUCUGCUGUACUCUGCCGGGGGUCACUUCGUCGCCCUCUCCUCGUUCUCUUCUUCCUCCUCGUCCUCGUCGGAUUCGGCCAUCACCGCCAUGUCCCUGGAGCAGAAGACAACUUUCGCCUUGGUCCUCUUCCUCUUUGUUUUUCUCCUCAUCCUCAUAGUGCGAUGCUUCCGUAUCCUGCUGGACCCCUACCGGAGUAUGCCGACCUCCACCUGGGCUGAAGGCCUCGACGGUCUGGAGAAGGGCCAGUUCGACAACACUCUGACCUAGGGUUCUUAUGUACACACACACACACACACACACACCUAGUGCUGUGUUACUGUGUUUGCCUCGGGUUUAUGGAGGCAUCAAGAGGCAGAAAACCAGUUCCAUGCUGCAUUUUUGGUGUUUUAUUCUCACAUGCACAAGCUAACUGAACAAAGACCAGUUCAGCAUUAGUAUAAUAUGGGUGUGUAUUUUACUCACAUUCUACUCUAAACUCAUAGAGCGCAGCCAUUUGCCUUUAGCACACCUCGCUGUCUCAUCCUACUCGUGUGUCUCAGUGUAAGAAAUGAGGCUCUUUAAGUUCAGUCAGUUUAGUUAUUUCAAUAAAGUUUCACACCAUGAAUACGUCCUAGUGAUGUAGGCCUUGCAUUGGUCAACUUUGGUAUCAGCUAUUCCUGUUUUGGGACAGUCAAAGAAUCCACAGAGACCAAGACUGUAGCAAAGCAACAGUUGUUCCCGCUUUGAAUCUUAUAAAUAAGGCGACGUGUACAUUACUGCCAGCACCUGUGCACCUAUGUGGACUAUUUAAAGAACAUGUGUUCCCCCGUUACCCCAAACUGACAAUAUCUUCUUUAUAUAUAUAUACAGUAUAUAUGUAUAUAUAUAUAC